AUGUGGCAUAGCCCCAGGCCCAGAACCCCCUCUUCUGUUAUCCCCUACGAUGAAAGUUUACAUACUUUCGUUGUUCCCUUCAGUUAUGAGAGUCUGUACUCCUCUCUGGUUGAACAGAGGAAACGCUUAGAACCGGGAUUAAGCUCGACUCGCUCGCGCAGCUCGUCUCGAGUGGCCUCCUCAGCAUCCACGGCUGAAAAAGCUGAGAGUACUCCUGAUUCGACUGUCGCUCCUGGCACUUCAUCUUCAAGGCGAAGUAGGCUGUCAACAGCUGAGCUAGGAGCUUUCGUGGUGUCCAAUCUGGGAAAAGAGGUUCAAGCGAUACGGGUGCGACUCGAUCACGAGCAGUAUCGCAGAAAGCAAAGCGAACGUCUCAACCGCUUAUGGGAACUGAUGAGGAGAGGUGCUUCGAUCUGUCAAGCUGUACUUCGAUACGAGCAUCUCCUCGUUGCACUUGCAGUCCAUGGAGAGGAAGUGAGAAUCAUCAGCAAUUGGGUUAAGCAGAUCAGAUACAUUCUGUGGAAAAUGUACCUACCAUGGGCGGAACAGGUCUCAGAGAAGGAGAAGAGGUUGGAACUCAUCCAGGGUCUGACGGAGAUUGAAACCAACUUGGUUUGGUAUGGGAACUUUAUGGCAGGAUGGGUCAAGGCGCAACCCCGCAGUAACAAUGAGCCGGGACCGAUCGGUAUUAUCAGCAGCAUCGGUCAAUUUAGGAAUGCGUUGAAGUUGCUCAAACUUUUGAUCAUACCGCGAUGGACCUUUGUUCAGCUUGACACACGUGUCGAAGCCUGCUCUUUACCUUUAAUACGUACAAAGGACUUUGCGUUGAUGUGCCUACCAGAAUACCAAGACAGGCCGGUUUUCGGGGAGGCUUAUCGCGGAAAGGACAGAAAUGGAUAUGAUGGUAUACAGACGAAAUGGCUUACCAUUUCGACUGCAGGCUCACAUAUCUUUUUUCGUCAUCGAGACGGUGAUCUUAACUUUCCGCUGGGCGUUUCAUCGCGCGACUUUCCUUUGAUGUGCUGCUCGAAACAUCGCGCACGGUUACAGUUUACAAUGCCAACCGAAGGACUCGGCGAACAGUCGAUGACCCCUUCUACUAUCCCUUUCUCCACCAGCAUAGCAUCAUAUGCUCCUUCUGGUAUCACUGUUGAGGACCUUAGCUCUCUUCUUACCGAACAAUACAAUCGUAUCAAGGAGGAAAAAGUGCAAGCCCAAUCGGAAAGAGACUCUCAGGGGUUGUCUUUUCUCACCUCCCAGGGAAUAUCUACUGAGAACACUGUAAGGCUUAGAGAUGGACCGCCCAGGCAGGCAUUCAACUAUCGCCCUACAGGAGCGAACCCUACAGAGCAAGAUUACGCAAUCGCUAGAAUCGGCUCACAGAGGGGUUAUAUAACGCAACUUACCGAGGAUCUUCACCUCCAACGUGACACCGACAAUCUUAAACCCAUGUGGGCGCUUAUGACAAAGGGUGCUGCCAUCUUCCAGGAGAUCUUCCGGUGUAACAUCACCAUGGACGCAUUCGAGACUGCAAAAGCAGCUGACAUGGGUGUAAUCGAUUGGAGCAGACAGGUCAGGGACAUGUUGCAAGGGAUGUACAAUUUCCCGGGAAAGGACAUGAACGGAAAGAGGGUGAAAUUCCUCGAGGGGUUGGAAAGGCUCAAGGAGAACAUGGUGUGGUAUGCAGAAUUCAUGAAACGGUACCUUGACGGCAGUGAAGUUGGACCGGGGCAGGAUGAACACCUAGAGAGACUUAACAAGAUUGGGGAGGAUGUUGCGGCUUUUAUCGAGGAGUUGCAGAGGCUGCAAGAUAAGCAGAAGAAGUUAGAGGAAGAGUCUUAUGAGUCGGAGACUGUUGUCUAA